CGACAUCGCAGCUUGUGUCUAUGGCAUGGCCUUCUUUACUUGUCACAUCAUCAGCCGUAAAAUUGGAAAGGUUGGAAGUUCCUACGAGUCGCGAUCUGGACGACGUAGGGGAGGGCGCGGCCCAGCUCGCCAAUGUAAACUCUAAAAAAAAGAAAGGCAUAUCGCGGUGAGCAUUCAGCGAGGCCUGUUAAGGUCUAGACUUCCAUGGACGUCAGAUAUAUCUCUACGAAUAGCGCAUACCCAUGUGAGCUCUCAGGGUUGUCGACUCACACAACACCUGUCAGAUUGCGGCUGGAAGGUGCAAGCUGCACGGUCGCCUCUCUCAGCAACCGAUUGGCGACUCCUACGCUCAGCUGUCGCCCUCCAUCAGCAUGUCUCUCUCGUCUGUGUCUCAUCUGCGCCAGUCAUUAGCCUCACCAACUUGGCAUGCACGGAUUGGUCAAAGAAUCUGCCAUCAGACCCGCUGAUAGCGCCAUGAAUAGGUUCAAAGCUCGAGUAAAUUUCUUGAAGUCUUCCAAAAUCGGCACUUUCCUUUCUCUUAUUCAGUCUGUUCCAUACAUCUCCAAUCUUGACUUAUCGCUGUGUACAUCUCAUAUCAUGAGCAAGAUGGAACGACUACGGAAAUCGACAGCGUCCCCUCUGCUCUCCCUCCCCGCAGAACUCCGCAACACGAUCUGGUCCCAUGUCCUCAAAGGGAAUACGUUCAACAUAAAAUGCUCCGUCCGGAUCCCCUGGGGUGUCACAGUCUCCAACACGACAAUAUCACCACACAGCCUCGCCUUGCUGCAGACUUGCCGCCAGAUCCACGCCGAAACUCGACUGCUGCCUUUCACACUCAACAUCUUCCAGUUCAAGUCCGAGGACGCUUUUAAGCCUUGGCUGGCGAACUUUGAUCGUGCCCAACAAGCGGCGAUCCAGCAUGUCAUGCUUGUCACAUGGAAGGCGAAACACAUGGUUGAGAGCCGUGGAUUUGCGCCGAGGAGGUUGGUAGAUGUGUUUCCAGUUGAGAAGUUCAAGGGAUUGAGGAGGGUAGAGGUCGAAGUGAAGUGUGCAGGAAUGGUGAGGGAGGAUGAGAAUUGGGCGUGUGGUGGCAGUGAGUUGGAGGACGUGGACACGGUGGAAGCAGAGGGGAGAUUGCGAUUGAGGUUGAAAAAGGAACAUCCGAGGUUGGAGAUCAGGUUUGAGAAGGUUGCGAUCUGAUGGGUCUCUAGCGCGUUGGUGAAUGAGAGACUGGCUACAGGUCAAUCUGUCUCACUGAUCAGAGUCACGGGCAAGUAAAGCACUAGGUAAGACUUCUAUAAGCCUGGUUUCUUUAUCAUCACUCUCCUGUACCAUUCUUUCAUCGCUCUCCCAUACCAUUCUGUUCACAUUCAAAACGACGACCUCCUGAAUCUUGAUACCCCACACAGCAAAGAUCACGCUCAGCAUUCAUGGACAAAUACCCAGG